UCUCGGGGAUCUAGGAAUGCCCUCUCUCUGUGCUGGCUUGAAAAUGAAAGUGAGACCCAGAGGCGGAGGGCAGAGGUGAGGCCAAAGUUCCUUCCCUGACGCUACCCCGUCGCUUAGCUGUCUCCAGUGUGUCUGUUUGCCGCAGGGUGGGAGGGAAGAGGCGAGAGGUAGCCGGGCUACAGCUGGAGUGGAGACAGCGUCUGCGUGGGGAACCCGGGGGCUGCACGGCCUGGCACAGUGCGGCCAGGUGCCACGACUCAUGGGCUUGGCUGGCUUAUGGAGCUGCUGGUGGACAGGAAUCCUGCUCCCAGCCUCACUUUGGACCUUAUGGAAUCUUCCAGCUGCAGCCCAGCUUUCCCCGCAGGCCAGCUCACCUAACACCCAAAGACUGCUGGUCAAGCCCACCAUUUCAGUCAGCCAGGGCACUGUCAUAGAGCACACGGGAGUGGUGACCUUCUACUGUGGCACCACGGAUGUCGAUGUCUUCAUCAAGUGGGUCUUUAACAACAUCCCUCUUGUGUUGAAUGAGCGCAUGCAGCUGUCUGCAGAUGGCAGGAGUCUCACCAUCCACCCUGUCCAGCGGGAGGAUGCAGGGUCCUACCAGUGUGAAGUCUGGGGUACCUCAGAGAUUCAGAGCAGCGACAUCACCCCGCUGGAUGUGCACUAUGGUCCUGACCCUGUUGAGAUCGAGGUGGAUUCGGGUGUCCUCAUCGGGGAGGUAGUUGAGGUGAUGGAGGGUUCCACUGUGAAAUUCCAGGUGGAAACACAGAGUCACCCCCCUGCCACCUAUAGCUGGUAUCUCCCCAAUGACUCUCUCCCGCCUCCCACCACGAGAACGUUUACCAUCCCUGCAGUGUCCAAGAAAGACGAGGGCACCUACCAGUGCCUGGUGUCCAACAGUGCCACCAGCCUGUCCCAGAUGGGCGCUCUUAAAGUCCGAGUCCAUGAAAAUCUAGUCAAGCCUGAAGUGAUUUCCCUGAGCCUGGAUUUAGUGGAGAACACCAGCUCUGCAACCCUAACCUGCCAGACCGCCCAUGAGGGGGUCAGCAUCCGCUGGUUCGUUGGGGGUCAGCCCCUCCUGCCCAGUGAGCGCCUGGAGCUGUCGGCCGACAACAGCACCCUGGUCAUCCUUAGCCUCCGGCGGAACGACACGGGCCCCUAUGCGUGUGAGAUCCAGACCGAGGCCGCGCAGGCGCAGAGUGACCCCUUCGAGCUGACCAUCGGCUAUGGCCCUGACCAUGUGAGCAUCACCAGGGACACCACGUCCGGGUCGCUCAGCACCGUGGAGGUGAAGCUCGACUCUAACCUGACCCUACAGUGUUGGGCUGAGUCCCAGCCAGGCGCCCAGUAUCGCUGGAGCUGUGAGCACCGCGGUGGCGAGUCUGUGGGGGGACAGCUGGUCAUCAAUGCUGUGACCUGGGAGCACAAGGGCAUCUGCAACUGCACAGCCUUCAACCCUCUGACCGGCCUGGUCCUCUCAGCCUCUGUCCUGGUCAGCGUGGUAGGUCCCCAGUCAUCCUCCCCAUCCGGGGGAGCCAUCGCUGGCAUCGUCAUUGGAGUCCUGGUUGUCGUUGCUCUGGUGGCAGGACUGGGCUAUCUCAGCUGGAAGGCUGGCUGGCUCUCAAGGAUACUAGCAGAUGACCCCAUGCCAACAGCCUCGCAUCCUACCUUUGGGAAGGAGAGCUUUACAAAGUCUGUUUCGGGCUGGCUGAGGCCUUUUAAUGAGAGAAUACCUGAGUUCCAGGAACAUACCAGAGUCAGUGAGACGUUCCAGUCAGCAUCUCCAGAGGAGUUAUAUGAGAGAGUACCACCUGCAGCAAUCCCAGGAGACUUUGGUGUUCAUCCCAUGAAUGCACUCCCCAGAGGCCCGGUGCCUCCACAGGGCCCCUCUCUACCAGAAGAAAGCGGGGAGCCAAACUACCAGACACUCAUAAAUCCAGAUGUUGACAUUUACUACCAAAUGAACUCUACAACCUAACAGAAGCAGAGAUCCUUUCUCCAGAAGUUUAGAGAAGCCGUGCUAAAUCACGUAUUCAAUGACAUUUAUUGAGUGCAUAUUAUAAUCCAGUCACUCCUUGUUGCCUUUGUAGAUUGUGUGAUGUUCUAUUUCAGUGUGUUGGUCAGGAUCGGGACUGUGGCUCUUACUAAAUCUUACAUUUUAGAUUCUUACUUGUUCAAAAGCAAUAUUAGCUGGGCAUAGUGGCGCACACCUGUAAUCCCAGCACUUGGGAGGCUGAGACAGGAGGAUCGCUGUGAGUUCAAGGCCAGCCUGAACUGCACAGCAAGACCCUGUCUAAAGAAAAAAAUAAUAAAAGCAGUAGAAACAGGUGAAAAGGACAUCCCUUGAACUAGAAGUUGAGGGCCAAUUUUUGACACUCAGCAGCUGAGGACACCAUAAUUGUACAUGAGCACACACUGUUGAUGGUCACACGAGCCAGAGAGAGUCCGAGUCUGAGUUACCCAGGGCUGAGCAGGGCCACGUGCACAAGCUCACAAGUGUUUCUGCUUAAUUGAGUCUCUGCAGUCAGUGGCUUCCUGUACCUCAGUGGGGGCUGUCCAAAAGACCCUGUAGGAUUCAGACUGGGCCAGAAUUGGGGGAUCCUAAGAUAAACAUCAUCACCUUGUGAAAGAUCAAAAAAGCCAAACAAAAGCCAGUUGUAAAUUAAACAUUACUAACACUUUAUUGUUUGAAUGUCUGGAAUAAAGAAUUAAACAAAACAACUGAAAAGGAGAAGGGAAGAUGAGCUAACAAAGCAUCCUACUGUGACUUUUGUUGUAUAUGUGCUUGUGGAUCAGUCUGUAAGAUACGACAGCUUUCCAACACAGCCAGCAACAUGGCAUUGCUGUAUGUCUUUUCCCUCCACCAGCAACAUUUUCAGAGUUUCUUACUACGUUAUGUGUUUGGCUUGCUAAAUUUAUUUGUAGGGUCUUUUUCCUAUCAUGAAUAAAUGUAAACUUUUUUUCUA